UACUGCUCUAACCCUAAACUACCAAGCGGCCGCCUCUCUCUCUCUCUCUCUCUCUCUCUCUCUCUCUCGUUUUCCUCUGCUCCUCGUUCUCCUCUAUUUCUCGAUUUUGUUCCACCAAACGACGGAGAUCGACGGUGGCAAAGUCAAACCGCCGCUGCUCCUCCGUCUUCCGCUUCCUUCUUCCUCUGUCUCUUUUGUUUCGAUCUUCUCCCUUCUCUGCUCCGCUCGAGAACAGGGAACGACGAUGGCACAGGGUCGGCGGCCGCCCCGAUCUUUCUUCUCCUCUUCCCUCUUCUGGUAAAUGAAGAGGAAGAAGGGCCAGAUGGCGACGGCGAUUGACGUCGACGACGACGUUCACGGCGACCCAGAUAAUUUCAUGUAAGGUAAGAUUUGGGCCUUGGGGGUUCAAUUGGUUUAUUUCUGAUUCAGAAUAUCUUUUUCGCGUGUUGAUUCUGGAUUUUUUCGAUCUCUGUGAGAGGAAAAGAAUGAAGAAGGCAAGCUGCUGAUAGAUUUUCAGGAGGCAAGGGAUCGCCAGCGGCGAUUGAUAGAGGAGCAAAGAAAGCGAGGAAGAGUUCUGGCCGGCGAGUACUCCCUGUGACGGCAGGGAGGGCGAAGAGUCGCCGCUCCCUGAUUCACCGGUGACGAGGGAGACCAAGAAGACGAAGAAUGAGGUUCUUCUAGGUAAGGCUUUUUAUUACUGUUUUGGGAUGAUUGAAUAUGGAAAUGGUUGUGGUAUUGGCGUGUUAGGUUCCAAAAUUUUGUGUUUUAUAGUGAUUGAAGUUGAAAUUUGUGUAUGGGUGAAAUAUUUGGUAUAUUUUGAUUGCGGUUUGUUUUCUACUGGGGAUGAGGUAUCUGAAAGGAAGGGAAAUGGGGAAGGAUGUUUGGAACCUCCGGCGAUGGAGGUGAAUCGUUUCUGGCCGAGACUACAACGAGGGUGAAAGAGCAGGAGGGUUCUACUAGGUAAGGGCAGGUGUGAUUCUCGUGGGGUCUUUAGUUGUUUAGGGUUUUGGCCUGGGUUUUGUGUUUUGAUUUCUGGGUUGAAUGUUGCGGGUCUAAAUUUGGGGGAUCUGGUGUGAUGGUUCUGAAUUCUGAUUCUGUGAAAAUUGUAUUUUAGAGCUGGGGAGCGGGACUUGGAACCACAAGAAAACUCAGGAUUUCGGUUCAAGUUCCAGAAUUUGUUAAAGCAAACAAAGUGGAAAGUUAACUUUGAAAAGACCGUCAACACUGCUAUUGUUUGUGUUUACUUUGUCUUAAUUUGUUUUAGUGUCAAAUUUGGUUCUUUGAGUUUGUGAUGGGUGAAAAGAAAAGAAUAUAACCAUUGCCGGUAGUCCUGGGUUUUGCCGGUGGCGAUGGCGACGUGUGCAAGGUAAAAGGCUAUUUGAGUGUUUGAUUCUGGAAAUUUUGUGGGGGUAAUAAGGUGUUUAGGGGUUUUGGUCCAGGUUUGGAUGAGGACAAAGAAAAGGGUGAUGGUGCCUUUUUCUAUAAGUUUUUAAGAAAGGUAGAAAAAUAUGAUGAAUGAGGAUUAAUUGGGGAUGGAAUUAAUUUAGAUCACCAACCUUUUCGGUGUCGUUUGGUGAAUGGUAUACUUGCUGCCUUCUCCCUAAGCCUUCUGGGGAAUUAGCUGGCUGCUUCAAUCCUGCUCCGUUCCCCUUUUUGGUGUUCUUGUUGUUGUGCUUUUUGUGUGUGGCCAAGGAAGAGAAGAGGAAAGGAAUAGUAAUGAGACUUAGUGGUCUCUUUUCUGUCCUUUGUGGUUGGCAGUAUGUGAGGAAUGAGAGAAGAAAGCACUUUUUGUUUGUUGUUGGGAUUGUUGGUAUGUUGUUUAAGAGGAAAGGAAAGGGAAGUCUGAAAGUUUUAUUGUAUUUUGUUUGUGGGUGAGAGAGGAAGUGGAUGGGUUUAUGUCUGUGUUUGUGGCUGUGUUUUUAGGAGGUAGAGAAGUGCAAGGAAGAAGACAAGGGUUUUCUGAGGAAAAGGAAGCCUCGGUUUGGUAGAGGUUCGUUAUCUGUGCGGGAAGAAAAAGGAUCAAGAGGAAGAAACUGGUCUUUGGCCGUUAGUUUGGGAGAGAAGAAGAGACGUUUUUUUUAUAGAAAAGGCAGCUUGGGGAACAAGCUUGCUAAAGUAUUGCUAAAGAAAUUUUUUUUUUCUUAUAGGCCGCUACAAGCAUACUUGUCCCGAACUUUAAUCCUAUAAAGAAAUGUUUAGAAAGUAACUAUUGUCAAUUCCAAACAAAUCGAGUUCUCAACCACUCUUAACCAAUAAUUAGUAUUAAUAAAUUACCCAGACAAAAUGUGAUGUCUACAACACCGAUGGAGUGGGGUGCAAGUUGGGACCAGGAGGAAGUAGAGUGUAACAGGAUGACCCGCCUUAAGGAGGUGGUGAUGACCUUUGUCGCCUCCAGAUCGAAAAAGUUUGAAAGAAUCGACAGAUUCAUUGGAGAGGAAACAAAGAAGUUCUCCGCCAUCGAGGCGAGGUUGGAGAGCCAGGAAACCCACCUGAUUAGACUAGCCACAAGCAUAUGGGUUAUCUCACAAGCGGCUCAUUCUUGGAGGUUAGCCGACGAGGUUGAUGUAGGUGCGGUUACUCUUCGAAGUGGAACAGAGGCCAAAGAGCUACCCCCAAAGAAGAAACAACUCGCAACAAAGGAGCAACAAGUGGCUGGUAGCUUCCCUGCACAACCGGAAGCCACAAGUGAAAGGGAAUACAACCUCAACUCUCCGACUCCUCAACCGACCCCUCAAAAAAGAGGAUGCCACUCCGACCCCUCAACCGGAGCGAGAAAAGAGAGAAGCAACCCCGACUCUCCCCUUUCCUUCGCUACUCCGCAAUGAUCGCAUGUUAGCAGAGUUUGCCCACUUCAUGGAGUUGAUGAACAAGUUGCAUUUAAACAUCCUCUUCCUGGAGGCCAUUACCCAAAUGCCCAAGUACGCAAAAUAAUUGAAAGACCUCCUCACCAACAAGAAAAAGCUAGAAAGGUGUAGCUAUGGUGAGCUUGAAUGAGGAAUGCUCCGCCCUCUCGCAGAACCACUUGCCUACGAAGCGUAAAGAUCUAGGGAGUUUCCCUAUUCCUUGCUUUAUUGGUGACGUGUGUAUAGGAAAGUCUGUGGCGGAUUUAGGAGCUAGCAUUAAUGUGAUGCCCUAUAAAUUGUUUCAAAAGUUAGACCUAGGAGAACUUAGAGCAACUAGGAUUCACAUUCAAUUGGCAGAUAGGUCUAUAGUAUGACCUAAAGGUGUUGUGGGGGAUUUGCUCAUUAAAGUGGGACCUCUCGU